GAGGGGGGUGUUGUUGUGUGUGCAUGUGAGACAGAGGGCAAAAGAGAGGGAGUCGUUUAACUCAUGUCCUUCACUCUUCAUCUCUCAUUCUCUCCAUCCAGCCAGAGGUGGUGAGUAGCACAGAUACACGGCCUGACUGAAUAUGGUCAGCAGGGACAGGAGUCAUUGACUCAAAAGGAUACGGACUGCAGGUGGCAUUGCUUUGAUUCGGCUUUGAUUGGUUUUGUUUUCGCUCUGAUGUUCCUGCUGGAAAGUUCUUCGGGGGCACCAGAACUUGGAAAGUGUUCACUCCACGUCCACAGUGGUUGGGUCCUCCAUUCAUUCUGAGAGAAGAAGGAGAUCCAGUCCAGCCAGGUCCCUAUGAAGAUAAUCAGCGGGAGGCAUAACUUCCGUGGGGUUGUGUGUGAGCCUGUGGACCAGCUUGGCUGCAUUUUCUCACGUCUGUGUAGGACACCCACACACUAUUUUGUCUGAUUCUGGAUCUUUUCAAAUACACUUGUGGACACACUUUGACCAGCAACAGACAGACAUUGUUUUGUUUUGUUUUGUUUUUUUCUUGGACACACUUGAAGUUGGGACAUCUGAAGGACAGUCAGCCUGUAAUAAGAGAGAACCAGCAUGAGUGUGCCCAUCCCCAGCAGAAGAGAACGAGAGGCCUCCCUGCUGCAGCCAAUGCCCAGGUCGGUGAGGGCGUUAGGGGCAGGGACCGCAGGAGGAUGCCCUGGCCUGGGGCUCCUGCAGGGGGUGCGCGGGGCAGGGAAAGCCCUGCGUGAGCUGAGCGUGGAGGAGCAGCAGGAGCUGCGGAGGAAGAUCAACAGUCGCGAGAGGAAGCGCAUGCAGGACCUCAAUGUGGCCAUGGAUGCUCUUAGAGAGGUGAUGGUGCCCUACUCGUCCUCGUCCUCCGCCUCGGCCUCCGGGGGCGGGCAGCACCAGCAGCUGCAGCAGCACCCCUACCUGACGGGCGCUCAGGCCCCCGGGGCGACCCAGGCCGGCCGCCGGCUCUCCAAGAUCUCCACGCUGGUGCUGGCGCGGAACUACAUCCUGCUGCUGGCCUCCUCGCUGCAGGAGAUGCGCCGGCUGCUGGGCGAGCUGAGCAUGGGGGUGAGCGGGGGCAUGCCGCGCCUGCUCCUCGCGGGCGGGUGGCCGCUGCUCGCCGCCGGCGCCCCCACCAGCCAGCUCCUGCUCACCCCGGAGUCGCUCUUGGCCCCCUCCUCCAAAUGCCCCCUCCUGACCCCGGCUCCUCUGCCGCAGGAGGAAGUGGCGGUGUGGGGCUCGAGCGGCGGAGCGGUGGCCGGCGGUCCCCUCUGCCCCUGUGGGGUGUGUAGGGUGCCAAGGAUGGUCCACUCCACGCCGGGUCCGCGGUUUCCAAAGUGAGCCGGGACUCCAACGUGGCCCUGGUGCCUCUGGCCCGUGCCGAUCUUAUGGGACACUUUCAUUGCUGAACUGAAGGUACACUGAACGCCUAAGCUGCAUAACACGCCACAUUGUCACGAUUUCACCGUUUGGCAUUAGACGUCACGUGAGGUGGUGCCCACUGGUAAAUGCUCUAACUUAAAUGCUUUGUUUUCUUUGUGUCAUUUCUCUUUGCCUAAAGGCAUAUUUUGGCAUGAUAUUCUUUAGUAAUCAACACAUUUGUGUUGAUUGUAUUCUAACAUCCAACAUCACUUUUAACUGCCCCUUAAAUAAAAUAAAUAUAUUUACAGAAAGCUCUUUGUGUGUUUAGGGGUAAGAUUGUGUGAUCUCUGUGUUGUAUAUACCACCUUAUGAUACCUGUGUUGUAUGAUACGUCUAUAGGUAAAGCUGGCUUUUAAACUUUUGUCAACAACAAUGGAAAAAAAGUGUGUGUGUGCGUGUGUGUGUGUGCGCAUGUGCGCGCAUGUGUGUGUGUGUGUGUGUGUGUGUAUUCGUGUUGCUCUGUGUGACAGCAUGUCAGCAGGUUGUUUCACCCUCUCAUCUGCCCCUGCUUUGUUGUUUUGUCCCCCUCUGAGUGUGUAAGGCGUGAGGGAUUGAAAUAAUUGCUCGCACACCCACCCCUCUGAACUACAAGAGCUUGGAGAAAGAGAGAAGGAGAGAAAGAGAGUGUGUCCACCGGUGAAACUCUCUUAUUCCCCCCCA